GGUAACCAAGCAAAUAGCCAUAUGCUUUGAUGGGAGUAUUGCCAACACAAAAAACAGUGGGAAUUAUACGCUAGUAAUCAGACCACAACUUAACACCGGGUUUAACGAUAAUCACCUGAAGAAUAGCUGAAGACUAGAAUCGCUUGAAAGGCCAGAAAAAAUGCCCAAACGAGACGAUAUAUGGCAACACUGGACAGAUGUGGCCACCGAUGCCGGCGCUAAGACACGCGUGAAAUGCAAUUACUGUCCGAACGAACAGCUGAAGAAUGCGGUGAAGUGUAAGCGACAUCUCAUUAAAUGCCAAUUUGGCAACAAAUGCAUUGUCGAUAAGUUUGCCGAAGAGUUGAGACACAAAAUGGACAGAUGUAGGACACGGCUGGUGGCCAUGGGUUGCGACAAUGAUAACGACGACAGUUACGAGACACUGGCCGACAUCGCAGACCAGCGACAGUUCCAACUCAUGGCCACCGAUACUGAUGGCCAGUCAUUGUAUCAGCAGUUUGUGGCGAACACUUCAGACAUGACAUACGACCAGACCGUCGGCGAUGACAACAACUGUAUCGCCGUUGCGGUGACAGACGUGUCCGCCAUCGACGGCGUGCCGACUAUCAUACAGAUCGGCGGAACACCGAUAGUAACUCCUGGCCUUCCGGUGCGGACAUUGAUCAACACGAAGAUAAGCAAUGCCGGAGCGAGUAGUAUAUGGAACCACUGGACAGAUAUCGUGGACGCGGAGGGCAAGCGUCGGGUCCGUUGCAACUACUGUCCGAACGUACAGCUGAAGAACGCCAGCAAAUGUCGGCGACAUAUCAUGCGAUGUCUGGCCAGUAAUUUAAUGGCAAAGAGACGGCUACUCAACGACCAGACUCUGCCAAUGUUUACAGAUCUGCUCAACUCAGGCGCCGCUGGAAGCGGUGGCGGCGAUGAAAACGCGGUCAAACUCGGCGCGAACGACAGUCAAGCGUCACUUCGGGCCCAAAAUGGCCGACUGGCCAGUGAUCUCAGGCGUAGCGAACAAACGCGCGCCCUAUUGGAAGCCCAGCGCAACUAUUUGCUGAAGACAAUCAACGAGUGCUCCAAUUGUGGCCACGACUCGGCCCUAAUGCAACGGUUGGCCGAAUUUGAGGUGAAUCUGCGGCGACUGAAGUGCAACAGAUUGGACACGAAGUGGCAGUCAAUUUGGUCGCACUGGACGGACGUGACGGACAGCGUUGUCAUCUCCGGUAAAGGACAGCAUGUGUUUGGACAGCGGGUC